AUGAAGAUUUCCAACUCUUUCGCCAAGGUGACGGCCUUUGCCCUGGUUUCGGCCUUGGUUGCGACUGCCCUGCCUUCUAACGACAACAAAGAGUUCAAGAACUAUGUUCUCAUCGCCUGCGCUCGAUGCGCAACCGAGGCAGAGCGGCCAGCCGAUUACAAGCAGGGCAUCUGCGCCUACGCCACCAAGCUCAAGCCUGGCACCACCGUGACUGGCAAAGUUGUCAAGGCUUCGAUCGAAGCCCUCGUCAAGCAUGGAUGCGAGCGCUGUGGAAGCGUCCCAGUUGUUCCUGGUGCCAAGGACGAUACCGACGGCAAUGUUCAGAUCAAUUUCACUCGAGGUGCCUGCGAGACUGGUCUGUGUCAGGGAAAGUCGGCCUCAGCUGUCGCUUCAGAGGGUGACUCUGCUCCAUCGUCGGAGGAUGAGCCAACAAACCCAGCUUACGUCCCGUCCGAGACUGUCCCCGGCAUCAGCCUUCGCUCUGACUCGCCCGACGGCAUUGCCUCGCCCGACAGCAUUGCCUCGCCCGACAAUGUCCUCCUAGGCCUCAACUGCCGCGGCAGUGGCAUGUGUAAUGACCUUUGCUUCCGCAAGAGCAUCAUGGAGCUUGAUAUAAUCAUGCAGAAUCUUCGUAAGUUCCAAUCACCCACGCAUCCGGAUCACCACAACAACUACAAGAACGGCGAACAAAUCGCCUGUAGACGUUGCAAACUCCAAAAGGACACGGGAAGCGCCAUUUGUGCCUUCCCGCAGAAUCUUCCAGAAGGCGCUGAUCUGGACUACGACGAGAUCAAGGCUGCGAUGAAGGCGAUCGUAGAUCACGGUUGCAAGUGUAAGUGA